CAGCAGACGAACAAAACCCUGCCGAGUUCCGCCGCGAUACUGUAUAGUCACCGACCAAGCACGCUGACCUGUGCGUACGUACGAUGCUGGCAAUGAACAUGCGGCAGCUCAAGCACAAGACACUGACGCGCAUGGGCGUGGCGCAAUCUCUGUGCGACCCGUCGUUUGAAGCCCUGUCGAUUUCAUUUCAACGCAUUGAAGAGUCGCUUCCGCAUGUGUACCAUCACAUCCUCACGUCCCUCACGAGCUGCCAUGCCUGCUGUCACACCCUUGGCACCACCUUUCAGCAUAUCCCGAGCGCCAUGCCUGAAGAAGGGGAUCCGUUCGGUUGGACCAUGCAGCGGGUACGCGAACAGGCCGAUUGCCUCGAGCAAGCGGUCACGCUGACGGUGUUGGCGCCCGUUCAAGCUCUUAUGCAGCGUUGCGCCGUCUUGCGGUCCAAACUCAACGAACGCGAGACGUACGUGAUCAACUACGACUUGUGCAAGCUUGAUUUCGCAUCGGCGGCGGCGACGGACCUGCUUCGACCCCAAAAGCAGGAAAAAAUGGAGCAGGCGUGGCAGGAGUACCAGUCGUUCAUGCACGUCAUCGUGCAAGACAUUUUGCAACUUGAGAUCGAUCAUGUGAGUGUACGAGCCGAGGCGCUGGAGGCCAUGAAGCUCCACGUGGCCAAGUUCUUUCUCGGAUGUCAAAAGAAACUUUGGGCGGCAUUGGACGUCCCGCCGCCUGCCGCGGACGCCAUGGCCGACGAGGACGAUGGCCAAGCUUCUCGAUCGAGCAAGAUAAUGCGAUCACGAGGACAUGAGCCGCAUAGCAUGCGGUCGUUGGCGAAGCAGUUUUCGAAUGCGGACGACGUGGAGACCACCAGUCCGUCCCAUCGCAAUGCUCAUCUACAGCUUCCACCUCAUCAGGAUGCCAAGGUGGAUGAGGUGCCAGCAUCCUCUUCUUCUGUGACGGACGUAGUAUCGGCUCCGAUGUCGGCGUUGCCCCUCAGUCCACGGAGCAGAGCGGCGGCGGCGGCAUCGCCACGAAGUCCUCAGCAGCAGGGUUGGUUCCUCGACUUUCUCUGGAGUCAAGACCAAGUUCCCCCCAGUAGUCCCAAGAGCCCCCAGAAAGCAAAGUCCAAGAAGCAUCACAUGACGCUGGCGCCGAUGGAAUGGGCGGCCGUGGAGGACGCCCUGUGGGAGCUCGACCAACAAGCAGCAGCAGCUGCCCCCCCCCCUCGUCGUGGCUGGGCGGACGAGUGCCCCACGUUCCCUCUGCCUCUGACGCCGGCCCUUGUAGUGACCGUGUGCUCAUAUUUGGACGUGGUGUCUGUCGGCCAAGUGGCGCAGACCUGCCGCGGCGCGAGGCGGCACCUCGUGCCCUCGACAGCGUUGUGGCACCGGAUGAUCCGGCUCGGGGGGGUGCCGGCGGCGUGCCGGUGUGCGUUUUGGGUAUGGUUCCAGUUCCAACGCCGAGACCCUACGUUCAACGCAACCGCCGCGUAUGACCAGCUGCUCGUGUCCGCCGCGCAGCUGGUUCGAGUCAACUCAUUGGCGACUCCCCUGUCCCGCUCUGGUUUUCAAGCCGCCGACGAUCGACAUUUGACCGAUGUGAUGGACAGCGAGGACCGUCAGAUCUUGGCCUGGUUCAACGACAUUGACGUUGACGUGAACCGAACGUGCCACAAAACGCUCUUCACAAAGGAUGUGGCAGAGGAAUGGGACUUGGUGCAAAUCCCCGAGAUGGACGUGGCAGCGAUGGUGGAGCAGGCGCUGGUGGGGGUAUCGAGCCCCCGCCGAGAAGCCGUCGAGCAGACGGACGAAGACCGCGCGGUGCUGCACGCGGCCAUGCGUCGGCUGCUUCGGGCGUACGUGAUGUUCAAUCCUGAGAUCGGGUACUGCCAGGGCAUGAACUUCAUCGUGCGGCUGCUCCUGGACAACCCCCGCGCCGAAGAAGCGCAUGUAUUUUGGACGUUUGUGAGUCUCUGCGACGCCGAGUCAUCGCUGUACGAACCAGGUUUCCACACAUUGCACACACUUUUCACCAAAGUACGUGGUUUUAUGAGACAUGGGACACAGCUCGUAUGUGACAUGGCGUGGCGAAUUAGUUGGAAGUGCUGGUGCAGCAGCAAAUGCCAGACAUGCACCGCCACUUGCAGGCGCAAGGAGUGGCCGUGAGCAUGUUUGCCGCUCGGUGGUUCCUCACACUAUUUACGUCGCUGGAAACGUUUGGGCCGACGCUGGUGCUUCGCCUCCUCGACUUGUACCAUCUCGACCGCCACCGGAUUCUAUGUGGAAUUGCGCUUGUUGUGCUCGAAGAACUCAAGGAUUUGGUGUUGGAGUCGGAAUUUGAGACGAUUUUGGCCAUUUUGCAGUACCCACGACAUUACAUGCCCGAGCCCGACUUUGCCAAGCGCAAAGAGCUCAUGCAGCACGCCCUCGUCGUCAGCAUCACGCGUAUUUUAUUGAAUUAAGUUAUAUAUAUAUAUAUAUAUAUUACAUCCAUA